AUGGCAGUCCACAUCACGCCGUCUGCCACCUUCCACGGAGAGGUGAGGACCGCUGCAGCCCCCACCGUCUCCCCUGGAUUGGAUACAGCAUCCUCUCCUUGCUCAAUUUCUAACAAUGGCCUCGUCAUCGCCGUGAUGCUGAGGAACCCUUCUCUCCUCCAGCCCACGACUGCUUUGCUCCUCAGCCUGGCGGUGUCUGACCUCAUGAUCGCCCUGUGGGGCUCGCUGGCCGCCACCACCACUAACUAUCGGGGCUCUUACUUCACUGGCCACACAGGAGGAAUUUUCCAAGGAUUUUCAAUGAACUAUUUUGGUCUGGUGUCUCUCUGCAGUCUAACUCUUCUUGCCUAUGAGCGGUACAACGUGGUGUGUAACCCACAAGCUGGCUCUAAACUGUGCACAUGACGAAGCUUCACCGGGGCGCUGCUCGUCUGGCUCUUGUGCUUGUUGCGGGCCGUCACUCCGUUAUCUGGCUGGAGCUCCUCCGCACCCGGAGGGGUCCGGACCUCCUGCUCUCCGGCGUGGGAGGAGAGGUCAUGGAGCAGCUACAGCGAUCUCAUCUUCUACACACUGCUCCGCUUCAUCCUCCCAGUUGCCAUCAUCAUCAUCUACUGCUACUUCAAAGUGCUGAAAUCCCUGACUAAGCUGAACAGGAGUCUGGAGCGGCAGGGUGGGCGUUCCAGGCGCAGUGAGGAUGAUCAUGCCAUCUGCAUGGUCCUGGCAACGACUGUAGCUUUUUUGGUUAGCUGGCCGCCCUACACGGCGUUGUCAGUGGCGGUAGUUGUGGCUCCAGAGCCGCUCAUUCCUCCGCUGCUCGCCACCAGGCCCGUGCACUUUGCCAAGACUCCAUCCUCUACUGCCUUUCCAACAAACAAGGUAAACAACCAGAAUGUCGGGUUCAUUUACAUCCACCGGUUCCGUGACAGCGCUGUGGAGGCGUUAUCGUGCGGGGAGUACAUCCCCCAGGGGCCCGGCAGCGCCGGCGUCUCCACGGACCCCCUGAACGGCGGGAGCCGUCAGUUUCCCAAAGACAGGAGCACCGGCACACAAAGCAAAGUGUUGCCUUUGUGA